AUCCAACAAAACACCAUACUACUUUUUUUGAUAAGUUUCAAGCCAGCAACAACUGAACAAAAACCAAGACCAGGCACCCACUUUCAACAGCUCCCACUCUGAAUCUUAGUCAACGCCAAUUUUUAUUUUUUAUUUUUCGUGGAGCUGGGCAGCUUAUUUGGAAGAGUAGAAGCCUGUUAAAGACUUCUAAGAAAGUUUAGUACAACAAAAAAUCAUCAUUUGUAGUACAACACCACACCACUACGAUGUACUACAUGCAGCCAGGGACAGGGAAAGUGCCUUGUAAGGUUUGCGUUUGGUCGCAACAAUGCCAAAUAUAAAUUCCCCCUUUCGCUGCGUAGAAUCUUUGCCUCACUCCUCUGCGUUCUCCACUAGAUUUCCGAUAUCACAAUCUUUACCUCUUUUUAUCAUCUCCGUUACGUCAUCGUUUUUUGUCGCUCGAACCUGCAAGCACACUUUAGUCCAUUCUCUCAGCGGUGGAGAAUUGAAUUCUUGAAUUGAAGCCUUUGUCCCUGUCACCGAGAUUCAAUUCUUCUCCAUCAUUGAAAUUUGAGACACAACUUAACUCAGUGAUAGAGUGCUGCUCGUCUUAUUUUAAUUGUGAUGAUUGAUCAUUCACUCAGGGGUUAGGAUUUGAUGAAUCCAAUGGGAACUAGUACCGUAAGCGACGAAGAACUCAAAGAGAUUGAGAAUCUCGGAAGAGAGGACAUUGAAGAGGCUCCAAUUGUGCCUGAGGAUGUGAGCAGAAUAGCACCAUGGAUAAGACAGAUUACACUUCGGGGGCUAGUAGCUAGCUUCCUGAUUGGGAUAAUUUAUAGUGUGAUUGUGAUGAAGCUGAACCUCACAACUGGGUUAGUCCCCAAUCUCAAUGUCUCAGCUGCUCUCCUUGGCUUUGUGCUCAUUAGAGCUUGGACUAAGGUUCUUGCAAAGGCCAAGAUUGUUUCGACUCCGUUCACUAGACAGGAGAACACCAUCAUCCAGACUUGCGCGGUCGCUUGCUAUAGCAUCGCGGUAGGAGGUGGUUUCGGUUCUUAUCUCCUGGGUUUGAAUAGGAGGACUUAUGAGCAAGCAGGGGUUGGCACAGAGGGGAAUAAUCCGGGUAGUACCAAGGAGCCUGGAAUUGGAUGGAUGACAGCCUUUCUCUUUGUGACCAGCUUUGUUGGAUUGUUGGCGUUGGUUCCCAUUCGAAAGAUUAUGAUAAUAGACUACAAAUUAACUUAUCCAAGUGGAACUGCUACUGCUGUUCUUAUUAACGGGUUCCAUACUCCUAAAGGAGAUGUGAUGGCCAAGAAGCAGGUUCAUGGUUUCUUGAAAUUCUUCUCAGCCAGUUUCCUCUGGGCUUUCUUUCAAUGGUUUUAUUCGGGUGGAGAUAACUGUGGAUUUGUUCAGUUUCCCACUUUUGGAUUGAAAGCAUGGAAAAACUCAUUUUAUUUUGAUUUCAGCAUGACUUAUGUCGGAGCAGGAAUGAUUUGUUCCCAUCUUGUAAAUUUAUCAUUGCUUCUAGGUGCUGUGAUUUCAUGGGGCAUUAUGUGGCCCUUAAUCAGGGGACUAAAAGGGGAAUGGUUUCCUGCAAGCAUACCAGAAAGUAGCAUGAAGAGUCUUAAUGGUUAUAAGGUUUUUAUUUCUAUUGCUUUGAUUCUUGGUGAUGGGCUUUACAAUUUUGUCAAAGUCCUCUAUUUCACUGCCACGAAUAUUCAUGCCACCGUGAAAAGGAAGAACCCCGAAACAUUUUCAGAUAACCAGAAACCACUCCCUCUUGAUGAUCUUAGACGGAAUGAAGUGUUUGCAAGAGAAAGCAUUCCUAUAUGGUUGGCAUGUACUGGAUACAUAUUAUUCUCCAUCGUUUCUAUCAUUGUAAUCCCUUUGAUGUUCCCACAGUUGAAGUGGUAUUACGUGGUGUUUGCCUAUCUUUUCGCACCCUCUCUUGGCUUCUGCAAUGCUUAUGGUGCAGGUUUAACCGACAUGAACAUGGCCUAUAACUAUGGGAAAGUGGCUCUCUUUGUGCUUUCAGCCUUGGCCGGAAAAAAUGAUGGUGUAGUUGCUGGACUUGUGGGGUGUGGCCUGAUAAAAUCCAUUGUUUCCAUUUCAUCUGAUUUGAUGCAUGAUUUCAAGACUGGUCAUCUCACUUUCACUUCCCCUCGUUCGAUGCUUCUAAGCCAAGCAAUUGGGACAGCAAUAGGUUGUGUAGUUGCUCCUCUCACAUUCUUCCUUUUUUACAAGGCUUUUGAUGUGGGGAACCCAGAUGGGGACUACAAGGCUCCGUAUGCCAUCAUAUAUAGAAACAUGGCAAUUCUUGGUGUGGAAGGCUUUUCUGCCCUUCCCCAUCAUUGCUUGCAGCUUUGUUACGGAUUUUUCACAUUUGCCAUAGCGGCCAACUUGGUCAGAGAUCUUGGCCCCAAAAAGAUUGGGAAAUGGAUUCCACUUCCAAUGGCAAUGGCUGUCCCCUUCCUAGUUGGUGGUUACUUUGCCAUUGACAUGUGCAUGGGUAGUUUGGUUGUGUUUUUGUGGCACACACUUAACAGAAAUGAGGCUGGUUUGAUGGUCCCUGCAGUUGCUUCUGGUUUGAUUUGUGGAGAUGGAUUAUGGAUUCUCCCUUCAUCCAUUCUUGCUUUGUUGAAAAUUCGUCCCCCGAUCUGCAUGAGCUUCCUGUCAGCCAGUGCCAGUUAGAACUUAGAAGUUCACAAUAACAUUCAAAUAUAUAGAUAGAUGCAGUCAACUUAGUACCUACGUUCAUUAUUAUGGGCAUAAUGUCGUAGGAGGCUUGCUUAUUAGCAAUUUCAUUCAUAAAGAUUCUGCUCUUAGAGAAUCUUGAACGACAUGUAAAUAUUUUGACAUACUUGUUGAUUAGAGAAAGUAAUCAAUUUGAGCGCACA